GCCGUCGCAGCCGAGCCGGGCCGGGCCCGCAGCGUGGCUAUGAACUUCCUGCGGGGGGUGAUGGGGGCGCAGAGCGCCGGGCCGCAGCCCUCCGGCGCCGAGACGAUUCAGAAACUCUGUGACAGAGUAGCUUCUUCUACUUUACUGGAUGAUCGAAGGGAUGCUGUUCGUGCCCUUAAAUCAUUAUCAAAGAAAUAUCGCCUGGAAGUGGGGAGCCAGGCUAUGGAUCAUCUUAUCCAAGUUCUCCAGACAGACCGUUCAGAUUCAGAAAUAAUUGGCUAUGCUUUGGACACCCUCUACAACGUAAUAUCAAAUGACCUAGAAGAGGAAGAACAAGAUGAUUCUGAAGAAGAGAGCUCGCAAAAACAAGUUGAUGAUUUGGGAAGUCGGUUUACAGAAGUUUUCAUUAAACAGUCAGAAAACAUCACCCUCCUGUUGACCCUUUUAGAGGAAUUUGACUUCCAUGUUCGCUGGCCUGGAGUGAAACUACUUACAUCACUGUUAAAGCAGCAAGGACCCCAGCUGCAGCAGAUAAUUCUUGUCAGUCCCAUGGGGGUGUCGAGACUCAUGGAUUUACUGGCGGACUCAAGGGAGGUUAUACGGAAUGAUGGAGUCUUGUUGUUACAGCAAUUGACAAAAAGCAAUGCAGCCAUUCAGAAAAUUGUUGCUUUUGAAAAUGCCUUUGAGAGACUUCUGGAUAUCAUAACAGAAGAAGGAAACAGUGAUGGAGGAAUUGUGGUGGAAGACUGUCUUCUCCUUUUACAAAAUUUAUUAAAGAACAACAAUUCCAAUCAGAAUUUUUUUAAAGAAGGUUCAUAUAUUCAGCGUAUGAAGCCUUGGUUUGAAGUUGGAGAUGACAACUGUGGUUGGUCAGCACAGAAAGUAACUAAUCUUCACCUAAUGCUGCAGCUUGUGCGGGUGCUGGUGUCCCCGACAAACCCUCCUGGUGCCACCAGCAGUUGUCAGAAAGCAAUGUCCAACUGUGGAUUAUUACAGCAGCUUUGCACAAUCCUCAUGGCAACUGGAGGUCCUGCUGACAUUCUGACAGAGACCAUUAACACAGUGUCAGAAGUUAUUCGCGGAUGCCAGAUGAACCAAGAUUAUUUUGCCUCAGUGUAUGCACCUUCAAAUCCGCCAAGGCCUGCAAUUGUAGUACUUCUGAUGUCAAUGGUAAAUGAAAGGCAACCGUUUGUGCUGCGCUGUGCUGUUCUUUAUUGUUUCCAGUGUUUCCUGUACAAAAACCAAAAAGGACAAGGAGAAAUUGUUUCAACGCUUCUACCAUCCACCAUUGAUGCUACAGGUAAUUCAGUCUCAGCUGGCCAGUUGCUCUGUGGAGGACUCUUUUCUACAGACUCUCUCUCAAAUUGGUGUGCUGCUGUGGCCCUGGCCCAUGCUUUACAAGAAAAUGCAACUCUGAAAGAACAACUGCUAAGAGUUCAGCUUGCAACAAGCAUCGGUAACCCACCCGUGUCUCUGCUUCAGCAGUGCACCAACAUUCUGUCACAGGGUGAUAAGAUCGACAGACGGGGAAGCAAGGUGCAGACAAGAGUUGGAUUACUAAUGUUGCUUUGUACCUGGUUAAGCAGCUGUCCAAUAGCUGUCACACAUUUUCUUCACAACCCAGCUAAUAUUCCAUUUGUAUCCUUUGUUUACGAAACAAAGUUUUGUUCUGAAAAAGCUUUAAAUUUGCAACAUAAAAGCUGUAUGAUGACAUGGACAUCCUUAGCAAGAAUUCAGCUCACAGGACAGAUAGCUGAAAACCUUGGAGAAGAAGAACAUUUAGUCCAAGGCCUGUCCGCUCUUCUGCUGGGUAUUUCCAUUUACUAUAAUGACAAUUCCUUGGAAAACUAUAGCAAAGAGAAACUAAAGCAACUGAUAGAAAAGAGGAUUGGCAAGGAGAAUUUCACUGAGAAACUAGGCUUCAUUAGUAAACAUGAACUGUAUUCCAGAGCUGGUCAGAAGCCUCAGCCUAGUUUUUCUAGCCCAGAUCACAUGAUGUUUGAUCAUGAAUUUACUAAACUGGUAAAGGAACUGGAGGGUGUCAUAACAAAGGCUAUUUACAAGUCUAGUGAAGAAGACAAAAAGGAAGAGGAAGUGAAGAAGACAUUGGAACAGCAUGACAACAUUGUGACUCAUUAUAAACAAGUCAUUAGAGAGCAGGAUCAGCAGCUUGAAGAAUUAAAGCAACAAGUUAAUUCCUUAAAAUCUCAAAAUGAACAGCUUCAGGCAACACUUACACAGCAAGUGUCACAGAUCCAACAGCACAAGGACCAGUAUAAUCUCCUUAAAGUACAGCUAGGAAAGGAUACCCAGCAUAACAGUUCCCACAGUGACACACUACAGAUGAAUGGCAUUCAGCCUGAAGAAAUCAGCAAAUUGAGAGAGGAGGUAAAAGAAUGGAAAAAUAAGCAUGACCUGUUGCAAGGGCAGCUGAGAGAAAAGGAUUCCGUGAUUGAGAAAUUGAAGUCUUCACAGUUAGACCCAGGAACAGAACAGUCUUCUCAGGCAAAUAAAUAUGGUGGUUUGGAGCAUGAUAAUAAUUUGCAGAAGGAACUAGAAACAUUGAGGACGCAAGUACAGUCACAGUCCACAGAAAUAUCUAAACUUCACACUGAGAAGUGGGAGCUGCUACAACAAAUGAACAUGACUACAGUUCCCAUAUUGGGAGAUAGUGCUAUGCCAGCAGCAAAGAACACAGAUUUGGAGGAAAGACUAUCACGGGAGAUAAAGGAAUUGAAGAAUGAAGUUAAAGCUCUCUCUGAGGAAAAAGCAACCCUGAAACAGCAGCUGGACUCAUCCAACAGUACAGUCGCCAUUUUACAUGAUGAGAAAAGCAAGCUACAGCAAGAAGUGGCAGAAUCAAAGAAAGAACAGGAUGAUCUCUUGGUGCUUCUGGCUGAUCAGGAUCAGAAAAUAGUUAAACUAAAGAGUACACUCAAGGAACUUGGUGAACCGGUUGAAGAUGAGGAUGAUAUUGAAUCUGGAGACCAAGGUGACGAAGACGAAGAUGAGGAUGGAGAAGAGGAAGAGCAAGAUGAAUAGUGCUUUAGUAUUUCACCAUCAGAAAACUAGAGAUUGCAUUAAUAUGAAAAUAAACUAAUGCUGUUGGCCUACAAACAACAGCUACGUUACUUAAGGAAGCAGGUGGGGAAAAUAACUACAGGACUAGUUCCAAGAUACUGAAGUAAAGUGUGGGAAAUCUUCAUUAUAGCUGAAAUUUAACAUCAUUGUUAAAAUUAUACAUAAGCAUCCCAAAUUGAAAGAAUUUAGAAGCAGCUUUAGACGCUGUUUAAAACAUGGGGGUAACAAUGCUACUGCCUUAGUUCAUUGUCAUUUACAGAAGUUCUGUGCAUUUGUCUACAUUUUACUUUCUUUUGGAACUCUUAACAUAAUUAAAUACAUAUGUAUUUGGUUUAACAUUUGUUGGAUGGAAUCAUUGCUUCUGCAUUCAGCAGGGAGCUCAUCAUCAUAACUCAUGGCUUUUGUUAAGUUAAAUGGCUAUGUUGAAGGGACAGGGUGGGUGCAUCUGGUAUCGUACACACCAUUGGCUACCUGUUGAACUGACUUUAAAAAUGAAUGGAAGUGUACAGUGUAGAGUGCCUUGACACCUGAAAUAGCUGCAUUCUGUACCUCAUUGAAGAAACUAAAGGAAAUUGCAGCAUUAUGCUGACAGCAUGGAGAAGGUUUCAUGGAAAUCUGCAACAGUGUGGUAGCAUUUUUAAGCUGAACAUCUUUGCUUUGUUUUUUAGUUUUCUCUUUUUAAAGCAUAAGAGAUUUAAUGUACUACCAGGUCAUCAUAUAAAAACAAAUCUGAAUAUUUGAGUCAGAAGAAAACACAUCUAUGAUUUAUAUAAUUUAUUGGCUCGUUUGCCAAACAGAGAUAAAAGAUUAGAUUUUAAAAAAAAAAUCAAAAUGAUUACACUUAAUGCAUCAAUUCAUGUUUUGGUAAUAAAAAUAGUUAUGAUGUUCAUUUAA